UCGUGUGUAACCUUGCCUAUGUUGUUCAGCACACACCUGCAUCGGUUUACUCUUGUCAUGUUUAAAAAGAAGAAGGAGAAAACGAAUAGAAGUUGGUGGAGACACAUAAUCUCAUCCUCCAAAGUGUCUGACUCCUGCGUGGCAUUAGACGGUCACGCCGCGAAUGUGACCACCUCCACUUCUUGCCCCUCUUCCUCUGAGGGGUCCCUGAUCUUCAGUACUGCUUCUUCCUUUUCACCUGUGGACAUAUCCCACAAUGCCUCUUCUACCCAGUCGUGCCUUCCUGGUCAAGCCUCCUCCUCCUCCUCCUCCUCCUCAUAUGAGUCGCUCAGGACUACAGCAGUGAUUGUUCCUGAGGCUGCAGAUAAAGAUGUGGACUCCGUGCGCAUUGAGAGGUUUCCGGCUGUUCUGAUGCAGGCAGACACUCGUGUUCAGCCGCGGAAUUUAUUGCGACAGCUGCUGCACGUCCUCAGGAGUAAAAGGAUGCGUCAGAUUGGUCAGGGUGAGGGCCAAGGCCACACCCCCAUCCAUUCCGCUGUCGAACACCUCAACAUUCGGCAGCUCGGGUUUCCCAACAUUGGGAACAGCUGCUAUAUGAACGCCACUCUGCAGUGCCUACUGAGUAUCUCCUGCUUCUGGAGACCCAUCAGAGCUCAGUCAUCCUGCUUGACGGAUCCUUCUAGUUGCCAGAUGCUCAGAUGUUUUUCAGAUCUGCAGCAGGCCCAGCUCACCACUCGCAGCACAAAGCAGAAGGUGCAGCUCCUGGGAGCCCUGCUUGAGUGUGUUUCAGCCCGCUGCCCUGCAUUCGAAGAGGACUAUGAACAGGAUGCUCAUGAGUUCCUGAUGCUCUGCUUACUGCAGCUGAAAGAGGAGGGAGAGAGACUCAGGGCCUCUUUCUUCUCUUACAUCUGCCCUGUGGCAAACUUUGAGUUUCAUAUCAAGUCUGUGCUCACAUGUACCAGCUGUGGAAAGCAGAGCUGCAGAGUGGAUGUCUACAACCACCUCUCUGUAAAUCUGAGCCCUGCUACGACCGACAGCCUACACACUUACUUUAAGCCAACACUACUGGAGCGUUUUUGUGAGUGUGAAGCAGGCUGCGAGGCAACUGAAGAGGUGGAGUUUUUCACACUGCCACGUAUUUUCGUCCUCCACCUUAAGCGGUUUGACAUGCUGGGCCAAAAGCUCUCAGACGUGAUGGACGUCCCGUCCGAGCUGGAUCUCUCUGCCCUUCCUGGGGUGGCUUCUCUCAGGCAGCAGUCGAGUGGAGCAGCGGGAACCCAGGACAAACCGCAAGAAAUGCAAAAUGAUAAACUGGGGGAAAACUCCAGUCCCCAGCCAGGAAUGUGCACCCACUGGCACCUACAGACUCCAGGCGGUGGUUUCUCAUUUAGGUGACAGCAUGGACCAUGCUCAUCUUUGCAUCCGGCUUCACGUCACAGGAACACCGACCGUUGAAGGUUGCCUCGAGCCAAGGGAAAGAAGAAAAAGGGGAAACCCAACCCAUGCAGGAGAAUCCUCCAUACUUGUGGGAACACUCCCUGUCAUCACAUCGGGGGAGAGUAUCUCUGGAGGAUUUUGGGGGGGCCCUGGUGGUGGUCCAGGAUCAGAUGCUGCAGAGUCCUGCCUACCUUCACUGGAUUACCGGGACCCGUACGAUUACGACUACCAAUAUCCAGGGUCAGACUCUGCAGGGUCCUACUAUCCCCCCACGGACUACCAGGAGGACUAUGAGGAUUACAGCAGGAGUGAGGAGUAUGUUGACGUCGGCCUCAGGUCAGACACCGAAUCCGACUGCUCUGAGGAUCCAUCAGUGGAGGUGGAGGAGGCCCGCCAUGAGGAUCCUUCCUGUGGUUUAUAGACCGGGUCAGAGGACUCUGAAAGCGACGAGCCUCCGAUGUUAGUGCUUAAUGUUCUUCGUGUUUGGUUUCAUUUUGUUUUGUGUGUUAAUAAACAUGUGUCUCAUGUGAACCAC